CUGGCAAGAUUUGCAGUGUACUGAAACGCCAGAGAAAGCGUGUAUGAGAGUUCCUUGUGGACAUCUUGUUGUUUCUACGAAGUGGAGAAACUCAGAGUUAUCAAAUGCAAUACAGGGCGUAAGGCUUGUGUAUGAGGACAAGCUUGGCUUUAUUGACUUUCAUCCAAGUACGCAAAUUGGGGUUGUGUAUGCAACUGAGGCAGAUCUGGUGUCCCAGGCGAGCCUCCGCAGAAAACUGGCCAAAUUACGGAAGGCUAACCAGGUGCAGGUGCUGGUCCUUGCAGAGAAGACGGGAACAAGUGGUCAGUAUUUCCUCCCACUUCAGAAAUACGUAGCUCUCGAGCUUGGCUUCACUAUAACACCGAUCCCUGGCCAGAUCGAGGCAGCGGGAAUUCUUACACAGAUGGUUUUAACAGAGAGCAAGCUUGAGAGUAACCCUUUUAGGAAGCGACGACGGCCACCAAAUUUGGAUGAGAUGUUACUCUCAACAUUACAGAGCAUUCCAAAACUAGGAGCCGUCAAGGCAAGAAAACUCCUGGAGCGGUUCAAAAGUCUAAAGGCAAUACAAGCAGCAACAGUUGAGGAGCUGACAUCAGUGGUCGGGAAAGCAAGUGCAGAAAAUGUUUGGACAUUCCUUUACUCCUGACAGUGUGAUACUGGGAACAAGAUGCAUAGAUGGGCUCAAACUUUUGUUCAUCAUUGUGACUUCUAACAGUGUAGCAUGAAAACAAAAAGACAUGCUGAGAUUCUACCUCAUGAAUAAUCUGUGGACUGCAAAGAAAAUAUAUUUUGCUGGGACCAUUGGUGUAUGGGGCAGUCGAUCGCCCUUUGAAGGCCCUGUCUCAAUAAGAUAUCUUCAUGAUGAACCAUGAACUGCUUAAGAGUGUUCAGGGACACCGCUGAAGUUAUGGGCAGAAAUGUCUUGUGUUUGAGUUUUAGAUUCAGACUAAGAAAAGUGAAACUUUAAAUCUUUGAAAGGCGCCUAUUGAUUAAUUGCUAGAUAUACAUUCCCGCCCGCCCCCUCUUUUUUUCUGCUGCCUCUUAAAUUUUAUCGACUCAAAAUAAAACUGUUGAAGUAGGGACUGUAUUUGCUCAUCGUUCUGGUACUCUUCGGUAACGGCGUUUAUUCAUACCAGCCGAUGUAAACAUCCACAUGUAUAAAAGAAGAACUGUUCUGAUGGUGUGUUAAGUUCAUCUAGAAAUACAUGUGUAUGGUCCCUUAUGCAAUAAAAAAUAGCAUGAACACAUAUUCAACGGUAAAACAGUCAUCUGAGAAAAAAAGUGACCCCGCUGCCCCCAUUCCAAAAAAUUGUAUGAAAAUCGAGCAAUUAACUUAAAUUGGCCAUAUCACUAUUUUUUUUGUGAAAGGUGUGCGAUUGAUUGAAGGGUGGAUUAUUUGUAAGAGUACAGCAAUUUAUACAAGGGUAGCUCUCAAAAUUAUAAUAAGCAGUUUUGAUUACUGGUAUUGAGUUUCACUUGAAACUCAGACUUGAGACAGAGCCAGUAUUUAUUAACGUCUUGAAUCUGUGUUUGAAAACCUAAACCGUGACUUUGUUUUGAAAAUUUAGUAUCAGCAGAGUGUUAAUGAUAACAAAAGCUGUUAGCAAAUAUGCAGUUGAGUAAUGAAAUUUUGACAGGUGGAAGUUUUUGUUAUACCAAAUCCCCCGAAUAUGAAAUAAAAACAGAAGAGGGGUAGGAGUGAAGGGGUUAAUAUGCUGUCCGUCAUUGAUCUGUGUAAUCACAAAUUGUUCCUAGCUACACGCCUGGCUGUAUAUGUUACAUAUGACUAGUUUUACUGUUAUUGUCCACAUUUUGUCAAAUGGAAUGAUAUGAACACUUGAUUGUUAAAAUUUAUGUAUAAAUGUCUCAAUAUUAAAUGUCUCAGACUCCAUACAAAAGUGAAUAUUGCCCAAGUGUUUUCCUUAUCCACUUAAAACAUGUUUUCAUAAUAAGAAAGUUGAACAUCAUAAUAAGAAAGUUGAACAUGAACUUAUUUGGCCUUGAAAUAUUUUCCUUAAGUGAACAUGGCCCAGAAAAACUUGAGUGGACCAUAUCAAUACAGGACUUAAGUUGUAACUUCAACCAUCUUUAAUCUGUAUGAGCUUCAUUAUAUUUAUGACAUUCAAUGAUUUAUUUUAUUUCCUCAACUUUGUCUUCAUUUUUAAUACUGGCUUAAGGUCAUUGCACUCAAUUAUGUAGCAGAAUAAAGACACUUAUAAUCACACUAAAAUAAUUUUACCUUAUGACUGAAUUCGAAUAAGGUCUUUAUUAUCCCCCGCUGAAUCGAAGAUUUCGGGAGUGGGAUAUUGUUUUGGCGUUGUUCGUCCAUCCUACCGUCUGGUACCAUAUCUUGGUAGGCAUUGAUCAGAAAAUGUUCAAACUUCAGGUCAGAAUGUUCCCCUUGAUCAUAUUUCGACCUAUUUUAAGUGGGUCACAUGGGGUCAAAAACUAGGUCACUAGGUCAAAUCUUAGAAAAAUAUCUUGAACAUACUAGAGGCAUUAUACAUGGUCAAAUAUUCAUGAAACUUUAUCAGAAUGUUUUCCUUGUUGAACUCUUGGUCGUAAAUAAAACUGGGUCACAUAUGAUCAAAAAUUAUGUCAAUAGGUCAAAUCUUAGAAAAAUCUUGUCCAGAACCAUUUCAUGGUAAUGAUUGGUCAAGUUAUGUUCAAAAUUAGUCAUGAUGUACCCCUUGAAGAAAUAUGGACCACUUAAAAAAGUGGGUCACAUGGGGUCAAAAAUUAGGUCACUAGGUCAAAUCUUAGAAAAAAGGUUAUUUGCUGUCGCUUUCUACGAUGAUUUUGCAGCGUUUUCUUAGUGUAAUUGGAGUUUCACAACAUGCAGAUGAUUACGGCGAAGCCUUUCUCUGUACUACAUGGAUGUUGAUGUUGAAAAAGUUCCACCAAGAAUGUUUCCAGAGAACAUGAUGUUCUAGCCGCCAUGGGAUGUGUAAGGAGAUGUCUGUGCUGCGGAAUUCGUAUCUGUGUUUUCAGUAACCGACAGCUGAUUAAACUGGCAAGCAAAUGGCAUUGAUUGCGUAUUGCUUGUGUUGGUCAAGAUGGAAAUGUUUGAAAUGUUCUUGUGAUGUUUGUCACUAAUGUGGCUGUAUUUCACUAUUUGUUGACUGACUGGAUAUUUCUGUGACUAAUGAUUUUCAUUAUCUGGUUGGCGGAACAUUGUUAUCAGAAAGUUUUUGUACAAGAUGCUUUCUGGCGCUAUGAUUCGUUAGUCAUUUGUCUCCCGGAAGUCUUUCAGCUUCAUUAUUGAGGUAAGUAUUUGUUGGCAUUUAAACCAUUUUGUUUACAAACAAUGCGGAGGGAUAUCUAGGUUGCGUGUGAUUAGUCUAGCCAAUAGAAAUGUCUGAUAGGUUAUCUUACACAUGUGUAAGAUAAAAAUAUUCGUAAUGGGUAUAUUACACGGAAAACAAGGGUAAGCAUGUGAUAAAUAUAUUUCAUCAACAAUUGAUUUCCAUUCCUUGACUUAGCCCAAUCAGGCGGGGGAUAUCAAUUCAACGAAUUUGCUUGUUGAAUCAGCACUCUGGAGAGGAUUAUGUUGGAGAAUAUUAAGAUCUUGCUUUAAGUUUUAAUUCAUGUUAAUCUCGACAUUGUUGUUUUAUAAGUAGCUUUUAUGUAAUUAUGCAAACCAUUAUAUACAUGUUGUAGCAUGUAAGUAACUAUAGGUUUAAAUUCUGUAAUGUCUUUAAAGUUGUCCUUUCAAUAUAAGUUCUGGCUUUGUAAUUAAAGUAGAUGUAAGAUUUCAAUAAUCAUAUUUGAAAAGAAAUGUUAAGAAGGCCAAUAUGUAUACACAUGUAAUUACAUGACUUUCACAACUUGAAUUAAAAAACAUGGACUUUAAUACAGUGUAUUAUUGUCUCUGUAAACAUUAGCUGCCUUACAAUAAAGAAAUGGUUUCAAUACCUUGUGCCUUAUAACAGUGCUUUAUAGAUUUUGGGCAACAGAUCAUGUCACUGUAGGAUAUAUUGUAUUACCGGUAUUUAAAGUAAUAAGUUGGUAUUCGGUAUUUGUUUAAAAAAUAAGAUUUAAUACAGGUACUGAUGAUUUUUUUUGGCUUGCUAUUCGAACACACAUGUACAAUCCAUUGUUUACCAACUGAUAAAACUUGAAUAUUCACAUGAUCUCAAAAUUAUCAGAUAUAUCCCACAACUAGUUCAAAUGUUAACAAUGACCAUAUAUCUCAUAUCUGGUACGUUGUUUUAUUAUACAUGGAGAACAAGCUAAGAGUUCACCUUUGGCCACUUUCAAAUAUAUAGCUACAGGCCUGUAUGGUAGAAUUUUGAAUUGUACGCACAUACAUAUCAGUAAGCUCUCGAUAUAUGGACAUUCUUCAUAUGUUAUACGGGAUCAGAGCUGGAAAAGUGUCCCACUUUUAACGAACACAGUCAUGAACCAUUGCACCGAAGGACCAUUUUUAAGCAAUCUAAAUGCUGCAUCCAGUGGA